AUGGCCCUAACGCGAAUCCAGAUUAUACCGGCUCAGGACGAUCGAUCGCUGUGUAGUAGGCUACCAGAAAAGUUGCAGUCUCGAAUCCAGACACUGUUGGCAACCAUAACAGCCAGCCGCAGUACGCUAGGCUACCGGUAUUGA